UUAAUCAAUUAUUUUAUGUUAUGAAUCGCUAAAAUAAUUAAAAACAAAUAAUUAAAAAUCAUUAUGAAAGCGGUCAAUCCAAAAGAAAUGGUCGGUGGAUGUUGUGUUUGUUCAGAUGAGCGUGGUUGGCCAGAAAAUCCACUCGUAUAUUGUGAUGGUCAGAAUUGUACAGUUGCUGUACAUCAAGCUUGUUAUGGUAUAGUUACAGUGCCCACUGGGCCUUGGUAUUGUCGUAAAUGUGAAAGUCAUGAACGUCCUGCUCGUGUACGUUGCGAAUUGUGUCCUUCACGAAAUGGCGCCUUAAAGAAAACUGAUAAUCAGGGUUGGGCACAUGUCGUUUGUGCUUUGUAUAUACCGGAAGUACGUUUUGGUAAUGUAACUACCAUGGAACCCAUUAUAUUGCAACUUAUACCUCAGGAGCGCUAUACAAAAACAUGCUACAUUUGUCAAGAACUUGGCAAACCCGCUCGUGCUACGUUUGGAGCUUGCAUGCAGUGCAACAAAACUAAUUGUAAACAGCAAUUCCAUGUUACCUGCGCUCAAAGCUUAGGUCUAUUAUGCGAAGAAGCUGGCAAUUAUUUGGACAACGUAAAAUAUUGUGGUUAUUGUCAACAUCAUUACAGUAAAUUGAAAAUAGGCGACAAUAAAAAAGGCGGCAACGUUAAAACAAUACCACCAUAUAAACCAAUUACGCAUGAUAAUGAUUCAUCCUCGCCUGAAAAAGAAAUUGACGCAGAAGUUAAUGCUACAGCAUCUUCUACGUCAACUACCAGCAUAAAAAUCACUACAAAUACAAAUACUUCAUCGGCAUCAAUUUCGACUAAACAACGUAAGACCACAACUAUUUCAAAUAAAUCUGGCUCGUCAUCAACUACAAAUAACACGGUUUCGGUAACAAAUAAUAAUGGCAAUAACCCUAACGGUAUGCAAAGUUUGCAUUCAACAACUAAUAAUAAUAAUUCUAAUACCAUGAGUAACAAUAAUACCAACAAUAGUUCAACUAAUAAUACUGCUACAGCUACUGGAAAUCCAGUUGGCAGUAGUGUUGCCACCAAUUCCACUUCUAUUGUGCGCAGUUCAUCUAGCAGUUCGAGCAACUAUAAAGAGAAAGAUAAGCAUAGCAAAAAUCAAAGUAAAUUGUCAAAUUCAAGCAAAGACAAGGAUAGCGCAUCAGUAUCAUUAUCAACUCGUGAUUCGCGUGAUAAAUCAUCUAAAUCAUCAAAAAACAAAGAUGCAAAUAAUACUUCAAUGACUGCGAUGGCUGUCACAACAGGUACAACUAAUUUGAAUUCCAAUGAACAGAGUAGUUCUGCAAAUACGUCUUCUUCUGCAACUGGUCAGAAUUCAAAUAUAAAUACAUUUGGAGUAACAUCUAGUGGCAGUGGCAGUAAUAACACAAAAGAUACUGCUAAAAUAUCAUCAAGUGCUGGUAAUACUUUCUCUAAUGAUAUACAACCAUCCAAUGCUUACACAACAAGUUAUGGUAGUAUCAGUAUGGAUGGAUCGAAUCAAUCAACUGCAAGUAGUGGUGCAAUACCGACUACUACAAAAAGUUCGAGCAGCAAUACAGCAGCAAAAAAGCGCAAGAGUGAUUCAAAAUUAAAUUCUCUUCAUGAUGAUAUCAAUAGUUCGUUUCGAGAUAUUAUAAAGGAUGUAAGUGUUACUUUAACACCAUUACAGCAAACGGACUUUGAAAAAGAAAUCGAAAAAAGUUCAAAAAGAGUUUGAGAAGCAUUUCAUAAUAAUUUUUGGGCUGGAAUUGCCUGUUUCGUCUUCAAACCAAUAAAUAGAAUUCUAUUCGGAUGGAAUAUGUAUAACUAUGUUGGAAACCAAUUC